AUGAGCACGUCCAGUCACCCGCCUGGCAGUUCUGGCUCGCGGGACUUCAGGGCAUCGGUUGGCACAAGCAGUACUGCCAUAGACACUGGCGCCCCACGACUGAGGGGACCGCGAUCGCUUCCCCCCUGGAUCGAUUCGUAUGAAACACGUUACGGCGCGCCAACAGAGGACCAGCUUCAACUACUCUCACCCCCGGCUCGAGCCGUUCAGCCGCAGCAUAACCACUCACCCAACGAACCAGACCGCCGCGUAUCAAAAGACGGUUAUGUCGACUGGGCCGGUGAUCCCGUUUUAGAAAACGCCCGUCCGAGGCCCAAGGCCAGGCUUACAGACGUCUUUCGCGGCAAGGGCGCACAGCACGGUAGAAAAUGGGAUCACCUACGAACCGCGGAGCCCGUCAUCGUCUCGGCACACAGGCCCGCAACCCAAGGCCCACCAGCAGCAUGGAGGGACUUUCUCCAGUCGUCGGCCUACGGGCACAUGGAAGGCGAAGAAUCGGAGGUUGUAGAUGUCGAGGUGUUGGAUAAGUUACAGCCCGACUUCAACAAGCGGUAUGACGAAACCGUACAUCGAGAUCUGGAAAAGGCGUCGUCGAAGCAGCGACGAUCCAAGACUAUGUGGCAGAGGAUGUGGUCUCUCAUCCUACGUCAUUACCUGGUACCCCUAGUUUUCCGACUAACCGUUAUGCUCACUUCCAUCGUUGCGCUGGCUAUCGCAGCACGCAUUUACCAAAAGGAGGAUGCCAAGAGCAACACCAGCCCGGAACGCGCGCAAAGUAUAGUCGCCAUUGCCGUCGAUACAGUCGCAGUACCAUACAUAGGCUACAUGCUUUGGGACGAGUACACGGGUAAACCGUUAGGUCUCCGGCCCGCCGUCCAAAAGAUUGCCCUCAUCCUGCUGGACCUCUUCUUCAUAGUGUUCAAAUCCGCCAGCACAUCACUGGCUUUCGAAUCCCUGGUCUUCCACAAUGUCGAGGCAGGCCAGGUGAGACAACUCAGCCAGGCGUUGGCAUCUUUUAUGCUAGCCGGUCUGCUGGCAUGGAUCAUGAACUUUAUGGUUAAUAUUUUCCGUACGGUUCAACGGCUUGGGGGUGGGGAAGACGAGAGCUCUCGCGAUCACAUGUAG